AUGAAUCCAUCUACGAGAAACCUUCAUAGAGUCACCAUUCCAGAAUACAUGGAUGAUGGAACCCCAAAGGUAAGAAUCCCUAGUCAUGUUCUUCUCGGUGGUGUUGAGAAUCAAAAGGAAUAUGUGGUAGGUCAAUUCUCUCGAUGUUCUGCUCCGUCUAGAGGUCAAAUUCAGGCAAUCGUAUAUAUGAUUUGGGGUAGAAAGUGUCAAAUUUUCAUCCGUAAGCUAGGAGAGUCAACAGAUCUCUUCCAUAUACCUCAUGAAUCAACUCGCAAUUGGGUCAUACAGAGAGGUUUGUGGCAUGUUGAUGACUGCUUGAUGUUUGUGUCUCCCUGGUCUCCAACAGAAACUAUUUCUAUACCGGAAAUCACUACUAUUCCGGUGUGGUUGACGCUGAAUAAUAUCCCGGAUCAGCUCUACUCAAUCUUGGGAAUAAAGUGGAUUGCUUUAGGUAUUGGGGAACCGAUGCUGACUGAGAAGCCAUGUAUUCGCAGGACUUUGUCUAGCGCCUCUUUGAGAAACAACAGAUUUGCAUCUUUGGAUUCUUCUGAAGAUGAAUAUGAAGAUGAUGAUGACGACGAAGUCCCACCACCACCCCAUGUGCCUGAAAAUUCGGAGUUCUUUAUGUUGGAUAUCAAUCCAAGUCCCACAUCGGAAUAUUAG